UUGCUAGAUUUGAAAAAAAUGUGAUAAAAUACUAAAAUACUGCCAUGUUAAGGUACCUUACGUAAUGUUUAAUUCUUUACAGUGGAAUUUAUUUCAGUUUCAUCAAUAUCCGUGUUUGGUCAAUUGAGGAGCGAUCACUAAAAUGUCCUUCAAAUUGCAUUUACUCAAUUGCUUGCUUUUCUGAAGUUAAUAUGAAACGAUUUGGGAUUACAUUUCCCUUAAAUGAUUGUACACAUUGUUUGGGUGCCGUUUAAACUCCCUCUUAAGUUUCAAUUCUGUUUCCAUCUAUAUUUUAAUUUUUUAUUAAAAGAUGGUGAUAAGUCUCUUCACAUUUGGACACAAUAUAUCUUAAAAGUACAUUUUUAUCCUCUAUACAUUUAUUGCUACAAUCCAUAUAAAACAAUGGUUUAUUCAGCAACUAAUCGUGUCACAUGAGGACGUUACACUGUGGUAAAUUACUAGUAUUGCCGGUAUCGAAUGACUAGUUCUAUACCAUCUGGAUAAUACUCUCUAGUGAUUAUAUAUGCAUAACGCUUGAUGGAUGAGGAAUAUGUUUCUGUUUCACGUUGAACAAUAUAAAGAGUGCUCCGAAAAACUACAUUAUGACAUGAGUCGGUUUGUCAGCUGGAAUAUACAAGUGAAAUGGUGGAACACAAACAUUCACGCCACGAUGACUUUAAAGGGAAAUUACAAUAUCAGUCUGCGUAUCUAUCAAGCGAAAUUCAUCUGUAACGUCAAACUCUCAUCAUGUGCUAUUGUUUACAUGAUAAGGCGACAACAUUUAUAGGAAAAGUUCUAUGAAGAAGUAUCGAUGGUAUCUAAUUUUUUACAAAAGGAUAAAUCGAUAGAAAUAUAUUCAUAAUUAACAACGUUUAUGAGUCUUUUGAGCCCUGGUAACUCAGAUGCAAAUAAAGUACGUUUACAGUACAUGGUUUUAUCGACAGAUGGACAGAAACAAAAUCUGCUGACCCUUAAAUUACUUUGUAUUGUUUUCUGGGGGAUACAGUGAAUACUAUUUAUUAUAUCCAUUGUUGAUAUGGACAUUCACUGGUUGUUUGAAUAGAAAUUACGUCAUCGAAGAAAGUACUAAUACUUUUAAUGAAAAUAUUUUACAGCCCACUUUUAUAGUGUUCUCUAUUUCUGACUUACAAACUUUCCUGGAUUUGACAAAGGGCAUAAGGACGGAAGCUUAAUACACAUACCUUCAUAUUUAUGGAAAUCUGCCCUUUAUCUGUCCUGUACCGUGAUUAACUUUCAUAACGACUAAUAAAUGACACUUUGGUGCACAUGCUAAUAAUGUUCAAAUUCAAUAAUGUCUAUUUUUCCAAAUAUAUCUAUGAUAUCAUAUAAUCUAUCAUCGGAAUUUUUCGGAAUAACGCAUCUGCAUAUACAUUCUGUAUGUACAAAUGACGUAAUAGAGACUGAUUGUCGCAAAAGUUAUUAUUGCAUACCAUAUAGUGUUUUUGUUUAUCGUCAACAUAGCACAUCAUGGACCCAUUAAUUAUCAAUAUGACCGUGAAUAGAGUGUUAAGCCUGGAUAGAGUCGCAUUGAAUACUGAAUGUCUCAAACCAAUCUACCGCUCAUUACUAUAUAUGAAAUACGGCGUUAUUCUAUUUCCAUUGUUCCAAUGUCCAUUAUCUAUAGUGACUUCGUAAUAUGUUAGACCAGAUCCGAGAUAAAUGUCAUUGAAUUCACAACAAUCAUUCUCUAGUGAGCGAUAUGUUUUCAUGUCGUAGUCACACUCUUCAAUCUACCUUCGGUUUGUGUCUGACUCUGAAACCAAUGAUCUAUAUUUUCUCUUGUUAACCAGCAUAUAUUGGUGAUACAUAAAUUAGAUGAGGUGCAUUUCAGCGCUACUUCAACUGCUUAGGGAUCUGAAUAUCAGCUAACUGGAAAAGCAAGGAGGGGAUAAACUACAAUUUCAAAACCACCACAGUAACGAUGUUCAACGAGAAACUCCUGUUUAUUGACAUCAAAUUCAGCCCAAGUAACAGCUGUGCCAACUUGCAGGACGUCAUACUUAGUUGAAAGUUUAAUGUACACGACCAAACUUUUCCAAAGGUUGUGGCGUUCACCAAAAGUCUGUGACCAGUUUGAAGUAUAAGGCGUGGCAGUUCUCCUUGUUACCAUUGUCAGACGGGCCAAGGCUGGCGACUGGUAAAGCCCCACCAAUAAGUCAUUUGUGCUUUAUGUUCAUAUUUUACGUUAUUUGUGAAUCACUUACAUUAUUAUCUAUGAUAGCAACAUGAAAUGUUUAAUUUGGUUUUAAUGAAAUAUAUUUAAAUCAAUUAUCGAUAAUGAUUAUGAGAUGGUGUGAGAUAAUUUAAAUGCACAUGUAUAUGGUUUUAAGGACGGACGGAAAGAAAAAAUCUGCUGACCCUUGAAUUACGUUGUCAAAAACAAUGGUUAGUUCAACGGAACAGGAAAUGCAUCUAUUAAGAAAACAGCUAUGUUUGGGUGUGACAUCUGAUGGUCAAUACAUUCAAGCAGUAUGGAAAAGAGGAUAUCCGCAACGUUAUCUUAGCUCCACCGAAUCAAAUGAACAUAAUGUUACCCGUUUCUAGUCGAAGUGCCAGAACUCAUGUAACUACGCAAUUUUGUAACAAUAUUUCGUAUUAACGCUCAUCGUGGACAUGUCACACAUGCGUCAUAGUGUAACUCGUCCCUACUUUGCAUCAUAGCGUAACUCAUCAUUACUUCGCACAGUUACCGUUGUCUAUUUGACAUUAUACUGGGACUACAGUAAUAGUAAAUACGUACUACAUUGUAUUCCAACGCUAGUGUAUCGUAGCUAUAAUGAGCUCUUUGGUAUAAUUUACUGCAAUGCAUUUUUAAUGAUUACCUUACAAUAAUUGAUAGUUAAUUGUUUAUAAAUAGAUUUAUACUAGAAAACCCCCCAGAUAUGAUUAGACAGUAAUUAGCUUCCAUUCCAAAAUGAAUGGGACAAGAAACACUACCGAUAACAGUACGAUAUUAGAAGCCGACCCGAUUCCAUUGAACAGUCUGUUCCCAGUAUUGUUUCAAACAAAUAACCCCUUUGUCAUCGCUGUAUACAAAUACAUGCUGCCGCUUUUUGCAAUUGUCAUUAUCUUUUGCAAUAUUUUGACCAUUGGAAUUUUCUGGAAAAUUGAAUUAAAAAAAACUACACACAUGUUGCUGCUAGGUAUCUGCGCAUGCGACAUGCUUGCAAAUAUUUCACUUGGGACUAUAAGUGGUUAUGUGUUUUACUUCGAAGACUAUCGUGAUUAUCUCCCUUACAGAAUUUGUGAGAUAUAUACGUUCCUGUAUAACUUUUUACCAGUGUUUUUCAAAUACACAUCAACCUAUUUAAUACUGGGACUUGCUAUUCAACGGUUCAUAUGUGUUGUAUAUCCAUUUGUGGCGAAACAGAUCUGCACUAAAAGGCAUAUCCUGAUAUAUAUGUUGUUUACCUUUCUUUGUUCGGGAGCCUAUCUAGCUUUCCAGAUUCACUCCCAUACAUAUCAUAUCAUAGAAACCAGCUCAUUCUAUAUAAAGAAUCGUACAAUGUCAGCCUGCAGUAUAGUUGUGUCAAACUUCACAUUAUGGUAUAUACACCCUGUAUUUUACAUAUUUCUUCCUUUAGUCAUUCUUAUUUGUAUCACACCAGCCAUUCUUAAAACACUACAAAGGUCAAGGACAUUGAAAACCUCGUCAACAUCCAGUGUGCACAAUUCUUUGCGAUCGCUUUCUAUUAUAACUCUUUGGGUAGUAUUAACAUUUGUCCUCUGUGAAAUACCCGUCCUUAUCUACGUAUGUGCUACUUUUGCUUGUUUGGAGUAUAAGCUAUGUUCGUUCUUGCUCAGUCCUUCCUGGCUGGUUUACACACACUACACAAUACUUAUAACAAGUUUCGGACAGUUGUUAAAUUUCGUUAUCUACAUAGUAUACAAUAAGCAUUUCAGACAAACUUUUCGAGAUAUCAUUACCGGCUGCAGAUGCAUGAGAAAGAACCGCUUCACACCGAAAAACGUCCUGCGUGUGACCAAUAUAGAGUUAUUGAGUUCAAGUUAUAAUGCAUCUUCGUCAUAAACCAAUAUAGAGUUAUUGAGUUCAAGUUAUAAUGCAUCUUCGUCAUAAACCAAUAUAGAUUUAUUGAGUUCAAGUUAUAAUGCAUCUUCGUCAUAGACCAAUAUAGAGUUAUUGAGUUCAAGUUAUAAUGCAUCUUCGUCAUAGACCAAUAUAGAGUUAUUGAGUUCAAGU